AUGGGUAAAAUCGACACGGUACAACAACACCAGGAGGACAGUAAACGAGAAAAAGAAAAGCGAACUGCAGCGAUCACCGAAAAGGAUCCAGAAAGGCGUUUGACACCGCCGAGUAAAGAAAAUCAAAGUAAACACGAAACUAAAUCAAAAAACGAAACUAAAUCAAAAAGAGCUCAACUCUCAUCACAAAAACAACAAAAGGAAUCACCCCUCAAUCCAAAAGCAAAACCUCCAACAUCAUCUCGCUUAAAAGGUGACAAGGAUAAAGUUUCUACCAAUGGUUCUGCUGUACCGACUGAUCAAGCAAAAACAUCCAAAGAAAAGACUGAUCGGAAUGGAUCGGCCGAUCCACUCAGGGCCGCUCAAAAUCCACUCGUUUCUACUGAGGAUACCCCUUGGAGGAGUAAACGAGCAAAGAAUGUUGGAGGUGAUAAUAAGUCGUGUCUGUCGCAUGUUGGAUUCCCGGUCAAAUUACCGAAAAAAUUCAUUAAUGAGCUGACAAUAACGUGUUUAUUCGAAACGCCUGAGACAAGGGCAGGAUUAACCGUAUCACACGCAAUGUUAGUAUUACAAAUUGAAGAACAUUCAAUAUUUUCUGGUAAAGUGAAUAUUUGCGAUCACAUUUGCUGUAUUGAUGAUCAUCAUAUAAGCAGUAAAGCAGAAUUCUGUGAAAUUUUAAAGAAUCUCAAAAAAAGUAAUAAACCGUUCACAAUAAAAGUGAAACGACCAAUAUGGAAUGUAAAAACAGAUCAUUUACCGAAAGGGUACGACAUGGUGCCAGGGUAUGAUUACUUUCUGGGGAUUAUGAUCUUAUAUCCGGGCAGUAAACUUGGAAUGAAUGUUAAAUCAUACAACAAUAAGGUUUACGUGACUCAUACAGACCAAUUAAGUUUAUCAACAAGUACAUGUAUUGUUGGUGAUUGCAUCGUUGAAGUGAACGGAACGCCAGUCACAUGUACAGCUGUUUGUAGUAGUAUUAUUGUUAGAACACUCAAAGAGAAAAAAUACGUUGGUUAUUCACUCAUUUAUUUAUCAUGA